CCGCCCGCCGCGGUGCCGGUGCCGGUGCGGUGCGGCCGCGGGGCCGGCAGGUGUCGGGGAGCUCACCGUGAGCGCCAUGUCCGCUCCUGCGGGCCGGUCCGCGCCGGGUUUUGCACCGUGUCCUCGGGCCUGCCUCCCGGCCCCGAGCCGCCGCCGCCGCCGCCGCGGUGAGCGCUCCUGCCCUGGUAUCACUCCGCUGGCACGGACGGGAGGCGGCGCGGCAGCAGAGCGUCUCGGUCCGGAUUGUUCAUGUGUUUACUUCCCCCAGCCCGAGGAUUUGCUAUUUAGGUUCCUGUUGAAAUGCAACUGAGCAGCCAAAGUACUUUGCGAACACCCAAACUUUUUUCUAGAAGGAAAAUACAAUAAGCAAGCGGCUUUGCCUGUCUGUUGAUGCCGGGGAGCGCGAGUGAGUGCGCCGUGUGUGCCCAGCGUGUGCCCGUGCUCGGAUGUGUGUGUGCGAACGUGCGUGUGAACGGGCGUGCAUGUGGAGGGGCGCGUGUUUCUCCCCAUCCAUGGGGAGAGAAGGCUUUUGUCAACAUCUCCGGAAAUCCCAUGGAAUCUGUUUUGAAAUAAUGGAUUAUAAAAAAGAAAGAGGAGGAAAGGAACUGGUCUGAUAUCUCCUGGAGUUUGCUAACCCGAACUGCUGCUGCUUAGUUUGUUGUGCUUUUUGUGUGUGUGUCUGUGUGUGCGUGUGUGUUUGUGUGUGUUGCUGGCGAUAACCUUUUAGCACCUUCUCUAUUUCCCUCCCCCCUUCCCUCUCUCUUUUUAAUGUUUUGGAGCUUCUCGAGAGGGAUUGGCUGGGGGAAAAGAGAAACAUUUGCUUGGGAUCGCUGUUUCCCUGAGACAUGAUGGUGCCCCUUUCCCCUCCCCGUCCCCGGUUCUCUGAAAAGUAUCCCAUCAGGACCCCGGAGAGACUGUCCGUGUGAAGUGUAGGAUAAAAAGUUCUUCCAAAAUAGUGUGCGCGGGGCCGAGCAUGGGGGAUUUCGCAGCCCCCGCUGCCGCCGCGAACGGCAGUAGCGUUUGCAUCAACAAUAACCUGAAGAGCGGCCUCGGCGGGGCCGGUGCCGGGGCUGGCGGCUCUCCGCACGGCCCCGCCGCCGGUAACAAUGCCGUCCCCAAGCACAGCACGGUGGUGGAGCGGCUGAGGCAGCGCAUCGAGGGCUGCCGGCGGCACCAUGUCAGCUGCGAGAGCAGGUACCAGCAAGCGCAGGCGGAGCAGCUGGAGCUGGAGCGCAGGGACACGGUCAGCCUCUACCAACGGACCCUGGAGCAGAGGGCCAAGAAAGCGGGCACCGGCACCGGCGGCAGCAAGCAGCAGCAGCAGAGCAAGCAGCAGCAGGAUGCCGAGCCCGCCGCGGCGGAGCAGAGGAACCACACGCUGAUCAUGCUUCAAGAGACAGUCAAAAGGAAGUUGGAAGGCGCACGUUCACCUCUCAAUGGAGAGCAGCAGAAUGGAGUUUGCGAUGGGAGCUUUUCUCCAACCAGCAAGCGGACACGCAAGGAUGGGCAAGGCAUUGAGGCAGUCAACAGCUUGCCCAUUAAUCUGCCUUUGCCUGCUGUUUCUCCUCUUCACCAGCUUGACAUGAAAGCUCCUGUGCUCCUGCAGAACAGUGGAACUCACAGGAGUGGUCUGGAAGACUUGGGUGAAAACGGUGGGCUUUCUGAGAUAAAGCUCCCUGUUAACGGCUGCAGCGAGCUGGAUGAUGGUUUUAACAUCCUGCACAACAAGGAGCUAAAGCAAGAGCCCCUGGAUGACUCCAACUGCAUAGACACUUCUGAAACAUCUCUUUCCAAUCAGAACAAGCUCUUCUCAGACAUUAACCUAAAUGAUCAGGAGUGGCAGGAGCUCAUAGACGAGCUGGCAAACACCGUCCCAGAAGAUGAUAUACAGGAUUUGUUCAAUGAAGACUUUGAAGAGAAGAAGGAGCCUGAAUAUCCCAGGCCUGCCACAGAGACUCAGGAGAGCGUGAGCGUGAAAAGUGAUCCAUCCCAUUCUCCAUUUGCUCAUGUCCCAUUGGGAUCUCCCCAGGUCAGACCAUCUUCUUCCGGUCCUCCAUUUUCCAACAUCUCCUCAGGCUCCAGCGUUGCCUCAGCAUCCAGCGCGCCGCUGGCCCCGGUCCCUGCUGGCUCUCCAGCAAACUGUGUGGUGCAGUCCCCUCAGACCCCCAGCCAGGCCCACACGCCCGGGCAGACGCAGGGGCGCUCCGGGAAUGGCUUCCUGAUGAGCGCGGCCUCGGCCGCGGCGGGCUCGGGGCCUGGGCCCAGCGCUGACCUGUCCCCGGCCGAGCAGCUCAAGCAGAUGGCAGCCCAGCAGCAGCAAAGGGCCAAGCUCAUGCAGCAGAAGCAGCAGCACCCAAAUCAGCCCUCAAGCUGGUCACCAGGGGGGCCUCCAUCCAGUCCCUACGGAGCACCCUUCAGUGCAGACAAACCAAAUAGCCCAAUGAUGUAUUCUCAAGCCUUUAACAACCAAAACCCCAUAGUGCCUCCUAUGGCAAACAACCUCCAGAAGACCACAAUCAAUAACUACCUCCCUCAAAAUCACAUGAACAUGAUCAGUCAGCAGCCAAAUAAUUUGGUCACAAACUCCUUGGGCAAGCAGCCCAAUCUGCUUUCUUACGGCAACACCAAACCUCUGACCCAUUUCAGCACUGAGCUGGGUCAGAUGAUGGCCCCGGCGAUGGCAAACCCCGGGAAGAACACCAUGGUGCCCUACAUCCAGCAGCAGCAGCAGGCCCAGCAGGCACAGGUGCCAGCCCAGAUGGCACACCUGAGCGAGGAGCAGAAACGCGUGCUCAUCAUGAAGCAGAAAGGAAUGAUAAACCAACCCGUGGGAUAUGCAGCACUCCCUGCCCUUGGUCAGGAGCACCAGGCGGGAGUGCCGCGGCCCCUGCAGCCGGCGGGCUCCAGCAGCAUGGGCACAGGCUCCAGCCCCGGGGGACACUUCCUGGGCAGCCAGCCCCAGGCGGCCCUCAUGAAGCAGAUGCUGAUGGAGCAGAGGGCGCAGCUCCACGUGAUGGAGCAGCAGAAGCAGCAGUUUCUCCGGGAGCAGAGACAGCAGCAGCAGCAGCAGAUCCUGGCGGAGCAGCAAAUGCAGCAGCAGUCACAUUUGCCUCGGCAGCAUCUGCAUCAGCAGCGAAGCCCAUAUCCAGUGCAACAGGUCAACCAAUUCCAAGGUUCACCCCAGGAUAUGGUGGCUGUGAGGAACCAGGUAGCCCUGCAGAGCAUGAGAACAUCCCGAAUGAUGGCCCAGAACGCAAGCAUGAUGGCCAUGGGUGCCUCCCAGAGCUCCAGCACGCUGCUGACCACGGCAGGCCAGUCAGAUAUGGGAGUGACUCCUUACAGCAACGCCUCUGCCAGCCAGCCAGGAAUGUACAGCAUCAGCACGGGCAUGAGCCAAGUGUUGCAGCACCCAAACCAAAGCGGCAUGAACCUGGCGCAGAGCACGGGCCAGGGAGCACGGCAGGCUGCCUCUGGACAAGCAGUGGGAAUGGUUGGAAGUUUUGGUCAGAACAUGCUGGUGAACUCUGCUCUUCCCCAGCAUCAGCAGCAGAUGAAAGGACCUCUGGGCCAGGGCUUGCCGAGGCCGCAAGCACCACGACUUCAGAACCUGAUGGGGCCUGUCCCUCAGGGAGCACAGAGCUGGCAGCAGCGAGGCCUGCACGGCGUACCUGGCAGGACUAGUGGCGACAUGGGGCCCUUCAGCAACGGCACCGCGUACGCCGUGCCAGCGGGGCCGCGGGUGCCCAAGCAGCACUUCCCUCAGGGCCUCAGCCAGACUGUCAUGGACUCGAGCGCCACCGUGAGGGCCGUGAACCCGGCCCUGGGCAGGCCACUGCUGCAGCCCCUGCCCGGGCAGCAGGCGGGCAGCCAGGCCAGGCCCGUGGGGAUGCCAGCAAUGAGCCAAGGGGUGUCUGCCAUGCCGGGCUUCAGCCAGCCCCCAACGCAGCAAAUGCCAGCUGGAACCUUUGCUCAGAGCAGCCAAGGCCCAGCCUAUGAGAGGAAUCCCACUCAGGACAUAUCUUACAACUACAGUAAUGGAGGAGCAGGGGGGUCAUUCUCCAGUUUAGCAGAGGGCACAGACCUUGUGGACUCCAUUAUCAAAAGCGGACCAGGGGAUGAGUGGAUUCAAGAACUUGAUGAGUUGUUUGGAAACCCCCAGUGAAUGGGAUUGUACAGUCUGGAGCUUUGGUUAUGUUUUGUUACGUCUGAACAAGCAAAGAGGAAGUCAGAUGUUCUCCCCAUCCCUGCAUUGUUGGUUUUUGUGUUGGUUUGGGGUUAUUUUGGGGUGUUUUUGUUUUUAACUGUGCAAACCGAGCUGAUCUGUAGCCAACUUUGGAAGAUUCAGGGGACGAUGAAAACAUCAACAUCCCAAAACUGUCACCAAGCAAUCCUUGUUGCGUGGCAGUGCCCACUGUGUGGUGUAUGUGUGUGUGUGUGUGUGUGUGUCAGAAUGGAGAAAGUGGAAAAGCCAGCUGAUGUGUGUGGCUGGGAAGAUUCCUUCUCCCCCCACUCAAAACAAGGCUUCAUUGCACAGUGGUGAGGUGGGUCCUGGUACGUCCCAUCUCUUUCUGACUGUGCACAUUGCAGCUUCCAGGGAAGCAGAAGGAAGAGCUGGGAGCAAAGCCUGCAGACACUCAGGGGUGAUUGCACAGCCCUGGUCAGAAAUGGGGCAAGCAGGUCUGGGGCAGCCAUGGCCAGGCGAUGGGGCUGGCUGGGCUGUCCUGAGGGAAUGCACAACACUCACAUGGCAAACCUAAACAGUCACAGGGAGGUCACCGUUUUCACUGCACAGUGAUAAACCCCACUGCAAGUGCAGAAGAACAUAAAUCUGGCAGUGUUGUGAGGGCAGAUUGAUUAUGUGACUGCUGCUGGGGACAGCCCAGUGCUGGGUUAACUUAAUGAACUGCUCAGUCCCCUUGGGACUUUAAAUAAUGUUUCCCAAGCCAGAGCACUUGGCAUGGCCCAGCUGUCUGGGCUGCUGAAGGGCUGAGAGGAACCAAGGGGCAUUAGCAGAGCUCCUCACUGGUGCCUCCCUCUGCUUCCUCCCCAGGGUGCUCUCAGUUCCCUCCCUUCCCCUCCUGCUCCUGCAGUGUGAAGCCAGCUGAGCUGGCUGCGCUUUGUUUUCAGGCAAGCCACAGAGGGCCAGGCAGGGGAGGAUAAAACAGGCAUGAGAAAACACACAGGGAGGGUUUGGCACACAGGAAGACCUUCUCCUCCCCUCUUGAAAAGCCCAGGUUUGGCAGGUAGCACUACCCCACGGUGUCUGGGCUCUUGAUGUGGUACAUUCAUUUUUAAACAGAUGUUUGGUCUAAUAUCUCUGGUUUGCUGGAAUAAAAUUCACUGCAGUAUUUGAAGAACAGGAGUCAGUGAGGGACUACUGUAAAGAACAUUCAAGAGUGGGUAAAAUAAUUGAUAUUGCAAGCAUGGGAUCUGCCCCAAUAAGGUUUUAGAUAAUAAGGAUGUAUCACUGUUUCCACUGUUUGGACCUGUGAUGAAGUUGUUAUAGAUCUCACACAACACUGAAGUCACCAGCCAUUCUGAGUGUGUACAGCAGGUUCCCAAACUGCAGUUGGAGGCUGUUUUCUGGAACCUAUUACCUCUGUAGUGUUUUCAGCUGAGGGCUGCAUGUCAGGUUAUGUAGUUGUGCAUCUAAAAAAUGUUAACAUGACCCACAGUCCAGAGCUGUAGCACCCUGUGGCCCAAUGCUGGCCUCUGAGAGCCGUGAGCUCACUGCUCUGCAGCAGUGUGCCAGUGCCAGUCCCAAUUCCCCAGCUCCUGGUCACCUCCCUUUACGCUGCUCUCCCUGGCCACAGCAGUGCCAAGUGUUGAGCCCCUGAGUUCCAGGGAGGCUGAGGGCCUUGGCACUGGGCACUUUCAUGUCCUGCCUUUCCCCGUGGAGCACAGACAGGCAUCACAUUAAAGAGGGAGAGCAGAUGAGUCUGGAACCAUCUCUGUGCCCCCUUGAGGCUCCCUUCUGAGCAAUUUCCCUUGCUGGGCUUGCCUAGUGGGGGGAAUCACCUGUUCUGAAUGCUGUGAGGCAGCAGGACAAGCUGCAUUUUUAAUGUGCUAAAGGUGAGCUACCAAUCCAACCUGCCCUGGCUGCUAUAUUUUUUAAAAUGGCUUUAAUCUCAUCUCUUUUAGCUGACCCCUUUAUAAAAUACAGCACAAGGGCCAAUCCCAGCUCCUGCUGAGGAUGAUGAGCAUGAUUAGCAUGCCUGCUGCUUCAGUAGGAGCCAGGUUGGGCCUUGAUUCAGUGGAAGGGAGCGCCAGAAGAGUUUUUGGUUCAUCCUGUGGGUCAGCAUCUCCUGGGCAGACUGGAAGGGACAGGCAGACCCUGGGAGGAGCCCACCAGGGCUCACCUCCCAGCACAGAGGGGGAAAGGGGAACAGAAACACGCACCCACCACACAGCCGCCAAGCAAGCCCGUGUGCACCGGGGAGAUACAGGCCCUGGUGAUGAAUGGUGGUCAAGGCGAGUCUCUGUUGUCUUUGUAAGGCUUCCUCCAAAUACUCCACACUGGGAUCAAGUACUAGAGAACAGAUUUUAUUAGAUUCAGGUUGAUUGUUUUUUUUUUUUUUUUCUUUCUUACUAUGGUGCUGAUGUACAUGCAAUGUUUUAAAAGAAGUCACUUGUAAAUAUGUUUUUACAAUUCUACAGAUAUCACUGGGUCUACUAUCUGUAAAAUAUAUACAUAUAAAUAUAUAUAUAUAAAUAUAUAUAUAUACUGUUUGUUUAAAAUAGAGUAUUUUUAUUUCAUUCCUUGACUCAUCCUUACUGCAGUGGUAUUGCACUUCAGAUGACAUCUAAUUACUAAUUUGUACUGUAUCCCUGACAGCAACUUGCUCCAUUUUAUUCAGAUUUUUCUAGUUUUCUGGUUUUACUUUGUACAUUAAGCAUUGCUUAUUUCCUUUUGAGACCUGUACAGAGUCUGAAAACAUAGAAAAACACCUGAUGUUGCUUUUAAAGAAAAAGAAACAAAACAAAAAAACAAAAGAAACAAAACAAAAAACCAACCAAACAAAUAAAAGAUGGUUAUAUGAGUCA